CAUGUUUGAAUUGAAUAUAUAGAUGUUGUAGCCUUUUUGUUGCGAUGAUUAAGUGAAAGAGAAGAUCAUACAUCUUCACCUGGAAUGAAAUAUUGAAGGGAAAACGUUCGAAAUACAGCGUUCCAAUCAAGAAUUACCAUUGACAAUACAUCAUUUCCAACGUUAGAUAAACCAGGUUUUCCGGAAUGAGUAACAACAGACCCACACGAGUGAAUAGUGCGGAAUUGAAAGUUCCUCAUACUAGGAUUGAUGAGGAGAAGGUUUUGGAAGAAACAUACAAAUUUGGCAGCAAGUUGGGUCAGGGAAGUUUUGGCAUUGUUAUUGAAGGACGACAUAACGAGAGCCAUGUUGGAUGGGCUAUCAAGAUCGUUAAUAAAGAAAAGGCUGGUGGUUCUGCUAUAAAGUUACUUGAAAGAGAAGUUUCCAUAUUGAAAAGAGUGAAGCAUGAUAGUAUUAUACACCUGGAAGAAGUAUUCGAAACACCGAAGAAAAUGUACUUAGUCAUGGAGCUGUGUGAACUUGGAGAACUGCGAAAUCUUCUGAACAAGCGAGGACCAUUCAAUGAGAUCUCCACAAGACACAUUAUCAAGAAUCUUCUUGGUGCAAUUGCCUAUCUGCACAGAAGUGAUAUUGUUCAUCGUGACUUGAAGCUUGAAAAUAUUCUAGUUGUCAAGGAAUCUGGAACAAAGGAAACUCCUCUGUUUGAUAUCAAGGUGACUGAUUUUGGACUUUCUGUCGUCAAAGGUGGAGUUGGGCCUGACGCAAUGCUACAGUCAUUUUGUGGAACUCCUGUCUAUAUGGCUCCUGAAGUCAUACAGAAUCAUGAAUAUUCACAACAGUGUGAUAUGUGGAGCAUUGGUGUGAUACAAUACUGCCUAUUAUCUAAAGAUUUUCCAUGGAUAUCUGACAAAGAAGAUAAGUUAUAUGAAAUGAUUAAACGUGCCGAACUCGACUUCUCAAAACCAGUUUGGAAUGAUAUAUCAGAAAAUGCUAAAGCGCUUCUUCGAAAGUUGCUGCAUGUUGAUCCAGCUCAUCGUUUGACUGCGUCAGAAGUUCUUGACAGCAAUCCAUGGAUACGUGGAGAAGAUGAUGCAUCCACAGAAGAACGAAUUAACGUUCUAGAAAUGAUGAAAGAAUUUGCAAGAGAAGAAAAAAACAGUGAAUCAGAUGAUGUUGAGGAGCGAUCCGAUUCCAGUGGUUGCCACUCAUCUGCCAGUUCAGACUUGGGAGUGCACGGUUUGCCAGCUCCGAAAAAAUCAUCAAAAUCAGCAUCUGCCACGUCCCACUCAUCACCCGUAUUUAAUAUCAAUCACCAUCACCCACCGAUCCCAAGAAAUACAGACAGAAGGGCGAGUAUGCCUGCAGUGACGGCAAAGAUAUCUCCACACAAAAAACCUGCACCUUCAUCAGCGAGAAAAGCAACCUCACAUAGAGGUUCGUUGACGUCAUCACCAGUUACUGCACCAAGCACAUCAAGAAAUCACAAAGCACCUAAAUCCCCCCUAGCACGCUCUGGUGGAAGUCCAAUAGGCACAGCAAACUGUAACAACCAUACUGGCCGCGGUGGGUUAACUGCCGCUGCAACUGAACAUGUUAUAUAUAAUAAUAACCAUCAUCACCACAAUAACGGUAUGCCUUCAGCAAGAGGGACAAAAUCAGACACUUCAAGACUGGUGCCGAGGUCCCACACCCCUAAUACCGAUAGACUGCGUGUUGGAGCAGUAAGCCCCCAUCGAAGUCGGCCACCAAAUUCACCAUCUCUACAUCACAGGGCAAAUGACGCUCACACUCAUCGAGGCAACGCCACAUCUGCCAAAGGUAAAGGGAAGAAGCCCCAUCCACACUGAUUACAUGCGGUAUUUUAAAUGAUCGCCUGUUCUGUUUGCCUAUCUAUACGGCAACAUUGGUGCUGUGUAUCAGUGCCAAGCAAUACUCACUGUGAUAGCUCGGAAUUUCAUGCGUUGAACAAAGCGAGCAUUUUGUUAGUAGCCCUUGAACAAAGACUGUGUUUCGAAAACUUUACCUAUUUCUGAGGUAUUUAUUAAAUUAUAUAUUUUCUUACUUAUGUACUUUUAGAUGCUGUUAGGAACAAAUAGCAGUGCUCUUCAAACUGUUACAUGUAUAUUCUUGUUUUUGAACAAUCGACAAGUUAUUGUUUUUUGUGAUGAAGCUGAAAAUCUGGUAUUCCUGUAGUGUGUGUAUCAGGUUUGGGUUAGGCCAUAAUUUUAUCCUGAUUUUAGCUCUAUUACGAAUGUGGUGACUGUCUGUGUUAGUCAAGUGAAUCUACCCCCUGCCCAUAGUAAACAGUUCCUUCACACAACUUGAUGUAAAGUAGGCGAACAAAAUUAGUUACCUCCAUAUUGGUACACACACUCCUGGAGUGCCGAGAAUCUGACCGAAAAAAAAAUUUUGUACCGAAGAACACUGUUGUAGGCCAAUUUUGUUCCAAGCAACAUUUUAUGAUUAUAAGUUCCAUAUUUACGUACUAUUUUACUUUUAUGUUUGUUUCAAAUACUUUAAAAAAUGUUUUUUUUUCUCUAUUCAGACACAUUGAACUGACUUAAAAAUUUAAUGCUCUUUCUUUAUUUUCGAGUCCGAAAUGUUUUUGUCUCAGUUUUACCACCUCUGAAACAUGUCCCAUGCUUGAUGAGAACAUUUUCUGACUUGGGUUACAUAUGAAGUCCCAUUGUAACUGAAGCAUGUUACCUAACAGUCAUUAGCUUGCUAAUUUCUGAAGUUCUAUAUUUGUAAUUAUUUGCCAAAAUAGUUUAAAAGUUCCAUGUUAUUACUGUCAAAAAUAAAAUUCUAUUUU